AUGAGAGCGAAUCAGAUGAAACAGAUUAAGAUUAUGAGGAUGAGGAAGAAGAAAAAUUAUACCAAGAAAAAACAGAUUAAAAAAAUGAUGAUAGAGCUUAAUAAGAAGGAUUUAAAACAGGUUAAGAUAAUAAGAAUGAGGAAGAAGAAAAAUAGUAGCAAGAAAAAACAGAUUAAAAAAAUGAUGACGAGGCUUAAUAAGAAGAAUUUAAAGUAAAAGAAGAAGUAGAAGUAAAAUAAUAAAAAAUUGAUACAUUUUAAGAAAUCGAAGAUCAAAAGAAAAAUCAAUAUGAAAAAGAGGAAAAAUAAGAAAAAGAGGAGAAAAAAUAAAAUGAAUAAGAAAUUGAAAUGA